GUGCGCUAUGAUUCGCUCGUGUACAUUCUGAGUUUGCGAUUGUCAACGUGACGCAUUCGAACGCGGUGCUUUUUGUGUUUGGAAAUUAAUCAUGAUGCUGAGGUGGUGUGUUGCGGUAGCGCUGCUCACGCUCGUCUGCGCAGGCGCAUCCGACACACACUCUCGCUUCCAACCGAAAAAACUAAGAUCUAGAAACGCCGACCAAGGUGACCCAGAUGAAAUGAUAAGCCAACUCCUGCAUUGGAUUCAGGGACUUUCCCAGCAGAGGAAUAGGAAAGCUCGCCAGUAUUUUGGAGGAAAGCCUGAAAAACCGAGACCUUUUGAACCAGCUUCUUAUUUGCCACCAGUAACGGGAUAUCCACCAGCAGGAUCGCGACCAACGCCAUCCUACAGCGAAGGACCUUCACCGACUUAUCAACCAAGCUCUCCAUUCCAACCAAUCCAAGAACAACCUUCUCAACCAAAUUAUCCCUCAAGCUUCCAACCAAAUCAGCCAACUUCACCAUCAUAUCAGCCUCCUCAAACAUCUUAUCAACCGCCGCAAACAUCAUACCAGCCUGCUCAAACCCCUGAACAACCCGCGGAAACACCAUCCCAAAACUAUCAGCCAAACCCUACCUACUUCCCCAAUCAAGUAACAAAUCAACCAAGCCAACCUUCUCAACCAAACGAAACAGAUGAACCCACCCAAGAUGGAUUUAUACCCAACCAAACAUCUCCGUCUCAGCCAAAUCAGCCAAUCAAUCCUGAGGGAACUGCACCAACAUACGAAACACCUCAACAAACGGAGGGAACUCAGAAACCCCAAGAAAACGACAAUUCUCCGAUACAAUCACCUGUAGAGCCCGACGAUGACGACAGACAUCCUCCACAUAUUCACGCCAUUUCCGUAGACUGUGGCAAAGAAAUGAUGACGAUAAACAUCGAGUUCAACAAACCCUAUAAUGGAAUUAUCUAUUCCCAAGAUCACUAUAAAGAAUCUGAAUGUAUUUACGUCAGAGAAAACUCGAAUGAAGCAAAAUACUCGUUCACCGUUAGUUUAAAUACAUGUGGUACAAGAUUCUUCAGUGAUUUUGAAAACGAGGGACAGGCUUAUCUUGAGAACGUUUUGGUAUUGCAAAACGAACCAGGAAUUCAAGAAGUCUGGGACCACAUACGAAGGGUGAGGUGUCUGUGGGAAGGAAAUUUGACCAAACAAUUAGUAUCAUCAUUGAGUGUUGGCAUGUUGAAUCAAGUAACAAGCAAUUUCAGCGGAGACACAGCUAUGGCUCGUUUGGACAUUCAAACUGGCAGGGGACCGUUUGCACCUGAAGCCAAUGGAUUAAUCAAAAUUGGAGAAGUCAUGACUCUUGUGGUUUCUGUCACUGGAGACGCUGGUUUUGACAUCCACGUCCAAGAAUGUAUAGCCAGAGAUGCAGAUAACAACAACGUUGUUCCUCUGACCGAUUCAAACGGCUGCGUACUCAAACCGAAACUGUUUGGAGCAUUCCAGAAAACUCGGGAAACUGGUAAUACAGGAGCGUCUAUAAUAGCAUACGCGUACUUCAACGCUUUCAAAUUCCCAGACGAAAUGGACCUUAUCAUUCAAUGUGAGGUCGAAUUAUGUAAGACAGAUUGUGAAGUGUGUCCCAAUCCAGGAAGUACAGAGCCAAGAAGAAAAAGACGAGACGUUAUUCACAUGGGCAAUAGGACAAUAGAGCCAGUGACUACAAUUGGGAAAGGCUUAAGGGUUGUGUUUGCUGAAGAUUUACCUCGAGAGCCAGAUUUCUGUGUGUCUCCCGUAGCCGCGAUUUGGGGAGGUUUCAUGGUACUCCUAGGUUCUUUAAUGAGCAGCAUCAUAGUGUCAUUCUGCUGGCAAAAGGCGCACAGCGAUGUCAAACUGUUCUAAAUUAUUGGUGCCCUAAAUUUUUAAAUACUCAGAAGUACAAAAGGCUUUAGAGUUUACAAACACUUUGAUGUAUGGAGAAUAUCUGUAUUAUAGAUAGAUGCUGUAAUAUACAUUUAAUACUAGAUUUUAAGAUAAACUUUUGUUAAGUUGCAGUAAUUAAUAUAGGUAAAAGGAUGUUGGAAAUAUAGGGUUAUCAGUAUUUUGUAAACAACACUGCCAAUAAUGCCUGAUAGUUACUUUUACUCAGUUUUUUAACAAAUAAGAAGUCAUUUCAUAAGCUUUUAGUUGCCUAUUUAUAACAAGCUUACACGAACCUACUGUUAGAUAAGUAUUUUUAAUUUAUAUGUGAUGUACAUAAUAUUAUACUAGUUGAA